UCAAUAUUUUUAUUAUGCUCUUUAAUGGCUGCUUCUGCUGUUAAUUUUAAUCAAGAUUUCGAAAUCGCAUGGGGCAAUGGCAAUGGAAAAAUGCUCAACAAUGGGGAGAUGAUAGAGCUCUCCCUUGACAAGUCCUCUGGCUCUGGGUUUCAAUCUAAGAAUGAAUACCUAUAUGGAAGGUUUGAUAUGCAGAUCAAACUCGUCCCUGGAAACUCCGCCGGCACCGUAACCACUUUCUAUCUAAAGUCUCAGGGAGACAUUAAUCAUGAUGAGAUUGAUUUUGAGUUCUUAGGCAACUUGAGUGGAGACCCAUAUACUCUCCAUACCAAUAUAUUUUGCCAAGGCAUAGGAUUAAGAGAGCAGGAGUUCAAACUGUGGUUCGACCCAACCAAGGACUUCCACACUUAUUCCAUCCUCUGGAAUCCCCUUAAUAUCAUAUUGGUGGUGGACAACAUUCCAAUUAGAGAAUUCAAGAAUAGACUAUCUGAAGGAAUUCCAUACCCUCAUAAUCAACCCAUGAGGCUCUAUUCCACUCUCUGGGAUGCUGAGGGCUGGGCAACAAGAGGAGGCCUUGUUAAGACUGAUUGGACCAAAGCGCCAUUCAAUGCUUUCUAUAGAAACCCUUGUGUGGCGUCUACUAGUGGGGUUCCUCCUUGUGGUUCAAAAACGCCAUGGCAAUCCCAACAGGUCGGACCAAGAGGUUGGAGGUAUCUCAGAUGGGCUCAGACGAAUUACAUGAUCUACAACUACUGCGACGAUCGUAAACGCUACCCUAUUGGUCAUAUCCCACGAGAGUGUAGACGUCUCAAUUCACAUUUGAGAACUUAA